AUGAUAUUUAGCGACUGUAGUACUGGAGCUAAUGCCUCAAAUAACAAGUUGCUUCAUAAGAUGAAUACUGCAAUCGCUGGUACUAUAGGUGAUGGAAGUAAUGGAGAUAUUGCUGCUGAUCAAUACCAUCGUUAUCUGGAAGACAUAGAUCUAAUGGCCUCUAUGGGAGUCAACAGCUAUAGGUUUUCAAUUUCCUGGGCAAGAAUCCUACCAAAAGGGAAAUAUGGAGCUGUGAAUUUGGCAGGCAUUCUCACGAUCCGAAAGGCAAUUACAACCGUGACAGAUAAGAAUCAAUAUUUGAACUGGCGAUUUUAA